UUUAAUGUUUUUGUGUUGUGGAUAAGCAACAGAGAGGUUAAACCUCAACAAAAACAAAACCUCUUCACUUCACUUCACUUCAUUCAUUGUUGUUCUUGUUGUUGUCAUCAUCAAUGGCUAAGCUAAGAACAGCCAUUGAUUCAUCAUUCUGGGACUUAAACAUAUCCUCUCCACAAAACCUCGAUGGUUGGGCCAAGUUUGUUCCUGGUGACCCUAUUCCUCUUGACGCUUCAGUUUCUAGCAGACUCUAUCGCCAUCAACAACUCCCUCAUAUCACUCCUCAUUUUCCCUUUGGCAUUAUCCCUUCCUCAGUUCCUUCUCCCAAGAAGGAGCAUGGUUCCUUUUCACUUCAAUCACUUCUCCUUGAUUUCACUGGUCCUCGUUGGUGGCUUGCAGCAACUGGACAAUUCCGUCCUAGGAAAAUGAUAGUUGAUAUUAAAAAUGAGAUUUGUAAUGCUGCUGAAUUCAAUCUCUCCACAGCUAAGAGUGUUGCAAAGCAUUUCAUCGACAAGUCACUUUUUUCAUAUGGGUUAAACUCACAGUUUGCUUUAUCUCCUUCAACAUCUGUGUUGUUUGGUUUAGAGGGCCAUGGUGAAAAAGAAAAGCACCGCAAAAAAGUGGUGUUUUUUCAGGAGCUUUCUGAUCACGAUCUUACAGUGGAGGCAGCAUGGCCUCAAUUGUUUGUUGACCACAAAGGAAGAUACUGGGAUGUUCCCGAGUCUAUAUCAGUUGAUUUGGCAUCCCUUGUGGCUCGUCGGGGAUUGCGAUACCGCUUUGGGAUGCAUAAGAACAACGGUAGUCCUCAGGCUACUAAUGCAACUGAUAGCGACACGCCGCUGUCUCUACUGCCAGGGUUAUGUGCCAAGGCUUCUGUUACUUAUGAUAAGAUCAAGUACCUCUGGAGAAACACGGAGACUGAGGAGGAAUACAAAGACUUGUUUCCACAUGACCAGGGACUUAUGGUACCUCAUGAAGCAGUAUCUGGAAUUAUUGGUAGCUCCUGUGCUUCCUGGAUUUGGAACGGGAAGAACCUUAUUGAUACGGGAGAGGAUCCAGCUGUGUCAAAGAGAAGAAAGAGAUCUAGAUUUAAUGCCGAAAUUUUUGGUUCAGUUUGCUAUACUUUUCAGCAAGGAAGAUUCUCAAAGAAGUUUGGGGACUUAACCCGGGUAGAUGCUCGUCUAGAUAUAUCUUCAGCAUCGGGACUUGCGAAGAAAAUUCUGAAUGGUUUCAAGAGUUCUAGUGCUGACAUUAUUGAACAACCGUCAGCCUCACCCCGGCUUAACUUAAUCUUUCAACAACAGGUUGCAGGUCCAGUUGUAUUUCGAGCAGAUUCCAGAAUUUCGAUUGAUUCUUUGUCCAGGAAACAUGGGAUCUCCAUUGAAGAUUUCAUUUGCAGCUUGAAUUUCUACAUGGACCCUAACACUAGCGAUAUGGAGUCUGGAAAAAUUGUUGCUUGGUAUUCACCAAAAAGGAAUGAAGGGAUGGUUGAAUUGCGCUUAUACGAGUUUUAACUGAAAGUAAUCUUCACCAUUUUUGUAACUUUCAUGCCUGAGACUUUUUAAUGCAAGAAGGUGACAUGUAUCGUUUAUUUUAGAAUGCCAAAAUGAGUUAGUUGAUUUUUGUAGUAUCAACUUAAGAGCUAUGUUUAGUUGCAUUGUAAUCAAUGAUUCAAAGCCAAUUACGCUUAUGUUAUUUUUAAUUGUCAUAGUACAAAUUCAAAAAGAAACAAAAUAUUGAAAGUUUAAUUGCAACAGGAA